AUUUUAAAUUAUUAUAAGAAUAUUUAUUAAAUCUUUUUUUUCGUAAUUUUAUGUGUGAGUAAGUGCAUACAUACAUACUAUGUGCAUACGUAUGAAAUUUCGAAUCAUAUGUUGGGAAAGUCUAUUGUAAAUAUAUUUGUAUGUCCUGUACUCAAACAUGUUGUGUGACAAACUAAGCUCCAAGCGCAAACCUGCUCCAUACAGCAUCCUUUCGAACAUCGGCCAACAUUUUCCGCCGCCCCCACAAACGCCACAUUUGCCAUACACUCUCACUGGCUGGCUGACUUCGUGCAUUAGCGCUCCGACUCAGAUGAAACGCCUUAUGGCGAUAGCUAUAGCCUAUGAUUUCAAACUCGCAGGCAUCGACAGGACCGACAAGAAUUUUGCCUCGCAGUUACUGAUUUUAGUUGGAAGGUGAGGUUUUAAUUUUUUAACCGAACGCCGAGCAAGACAAAAGUGCAAAAAGUAUUUUUUAUUAAAUACAAACUACAAGAAAAAACCCAUAAAAAUCAAACAAAAUAAACCUCAAUAGAAGGCAACUAUAAUAAAUCGAGUUUUUUUAAAUGAAAUCUUUUUUCUUUCGUUUUAAAAAAUCGAAGCGUGUGAUUGUGUGCCGAAAAGUAGUGUUGUUGAUUGAUUGCUAGCCGAGUGUUUCACACAACUAAAUGUGCAAUCCAUAUUUAGAAUAAAAUAUUACAAAAUUUUGCCAAAAACGAAAGAACAACGUAAACGUGCUCGAGAGAGGGCACAGGUGCGCGAGGCGUGUAUGAAAAAGUAACGGUGCCUACGCUUCCGUUCCGCAAUUCGCAUAUUUAACGCCAUUGAAUACGGAAAACGUGCUUCCAACCAGCCCCGCAAAUAGCAUACAGGCGGCAGCUCGGGAGCAGCCCAACGCAGCGUACGCCAAUACACAGCGACCGCAGUCCCAACUUGUGCGUGCCGGCCAGGGCGUGCAGUGUUCGGCGUUAUCACUAGUGGCGCAUAAGCGUGUUUCCUGUGUGUCUCUGCCUGCCAGCGUAAGUGCUGCGGCCUGUGCUCGGCGGCGAGCGGCGUUUGCGGAGCCAGUGAACGCUUAAAACAUAUUGAGAUUACGGAUACCCUAAACUAAACGAGCCGUUUUCUCGGAUGUCUACUAAUGUGAGAGUCAUAUGGAAGUUGAAUUUCCUAACAAUUUAAAUAUCUGGAGGAAGAAAGAAAAAGUAACAAUUUGAUGUGCAUGAUUCAACAGCUGCCAAUAUGAGGUCCUUAUCAAGUGCUGGUGCUGAUAUUCUAACAAAACACUCGAUUAAUUCGUUGCUGGAACAACGCCAAGAUUUCCUAAGUAGACGAAAUGAGACUGCUGAUGAGCUAAUAACAGCUUUAAAUGAACCUCCGAUUGCCAUUAAUGAUUUCCUUGGCUUUGGCAAAUCGACCACAAAUCCGCUGUUGUUGGGCACCAAUGGGGACACGCUGUCUACUUCGAUGGCCGCCUACACGCCAUUAACACCAAGUUCAUCGCAAUCAUCUGCCUCGCCCGGCACCCUGUCAGCAAAUUCUUUUGAUAUCUUUCAGUUUGAAAAUGUUGCACAAAAUAACACACCACUUAAGGUAUUUCAAAGAAACAUCAGCUUCGAUUGUUCUGCACCUUUAUCGCCAAGUACGCCCACCACUUUUUACAAUCGCUCUUUUCUGAAUUCACCUUUAGUCAGCGAUGGCAGCAACUCAUCGAGCGCCAAUGGUCUAUCGGUUGAUUCGAUACCGUUGAUGUAUCAGAAUAAUUUCGUGGGCAGCGGCAUUGGUGGUUGUCUCUCGAAUAGUCGCUCGAACUCGCCGGAGAGUCAGAAUAGCAAUCAAUCCAAUGUGGAGCACAAUUUGAUUGAUAUGAUCAACUUGCUAUCUGUGGCCGAAAAUAAUGACUCGCAAAUUUUACUGCAACAGCAGCAGCAAUUGUCAUCGCAAUUGUCGCAACAACAACUAUCACAGCUGUCAACGCAGCCGCAACAGCAUCCAUCAUCACUGUAUUUCGAGCAGUCAUUACCAUUCGGGCAACAACAGCAACAAACAUCAACUACCUCUCUGGGCAAUCUGGGGAAUGGCAAUAACGGUAUGUCAAGCUUUGCCACAAAUCUCUUCGACGAACAGCAAUUGCAAAACUUCGAUGCGCUCACCGCUGUCGAUUUGGAAUUGUCGAAGCUGCAAAAUAUGCAGGCAUUCAACACCCUCAAGCUGCUGCAAGCCCAGUCGCAACAGGUGCCACUGCUCAAUCACUUAUUGCAAGGCUACAGCAAUGGCAUGAAUCAGUUCAAAGGCUUGCCACAGCCACAAGCGCAACCGCAGUCGGCCGCUGCCGCAGAUGCGCAUUUGGACCGCAUUGCGAAAUUUUAUCGCAGUUCGGCAGCGCUCUAUGACGCCACUUGCACUUGGAGCGGGCAGUUGCCGCCGCGUUCACACCGCAUGCUAAACUACUCGCCGAAAGUGUUUCUCGGCGGCAUACCUUGGGACAUAAGCGAACAAUCGCUUAUACAGAUAUUCAAACCGUUUGGACAAAUUAGAGUCGAGUGGCCCGGCAAGGAGCAACAGGCGGCGCAACCGAAGGGCUAUGUCUACAUCAUCUUUGAAUCCGACAAACAAGUGAGGGCUUUACUAUCUGCUUGUGUUUUACAAGUCGAUGACUCACAGAGUGGCGGAAUUUACUAUUUCAAGAUUUCUUCUCGACGCAUAAAAGCCAAGGAUGUUGAGGUCAUUCCAUGGAUUAUCGCUGAUUCAAAUUUUGUCAAGUCUACGUCACAGAAAUUAGAUCCAACCAAAACUGUAUUUGUGGGCGCAUUGCAUGGCAAGCUUACCGCAGAGGGUCUGGCAAAAAUAAUGGAUGACCUUUUUGAUGGCGUGCUUUAUGCAGGUAUUGACACCGACAAAUACAAGUACCCAAUUGGUUCCGGACGUGUUACUUUCAACAAUAAUCGCUCAUAUAUGAAGGCGGUUUCGGCGGCAUUCAUCGAAAUACGCACAGCCAAGUUCACCAAAAAAGUGCAAGUUGAUCCAUAUCUCGAAGACUCGCUUUGUUCCAUCUGUGGUGUGCAGCAUGGACCAUACUUCUGUCGCGAACUGUCGUGCUUUAGAUACUUCUGCCGCGCCUGUUGGCAGUGGCAACAUUCCUCCGACGGUGUCAAGAAUCAUAAGCCGCUUACGAGAAACUCGAAGUCACAAAUGUUAGUAGGCAUUGGGCCGGCACCCUCUGCAGCUUCCUUCUCUUCCCUUUCCCUGAGCUCGACACCACAGCCACAGCAACACAAACAGCAACAGCAAUUGCAUUCGCAGCAUACGCCAACACAAUCGCAACAAUAUCAGCAUCAACAGCAGCAGGCGCAUGCUCAUCAGAAUCAUCAAAAUUAUCUGAAUGGUGGUUUUCAGUUGGAGCAUGCGCAACAGCAACAAACCAACUCACACAUGCAGCGCUUGAAUCAAUUGCAGCAGCAACAUCAACAACAACAACGCCAACACCCGACAUCGCCACAACCAAUGUUUCAGCUGAACCAACAAUUACAGCACCAGCAACAACAACAACAACAAAAUCAGCAACAAUCUAUAUUUUAAGCCGUGCUUUGCUAGCGUUAAGCUAAAAACUAAAUGGAAUUGUUAAGUUGCUAGUUAAACUAGCUUAUCACACAAACCUAUAUCUACAUAUACUAUACUCGUAUAUCUAUAUAUAUCGACAUAUAUCCAAUUAAAUAGUGUGUAAUUAGUUUAGUUACAAGCCUCAUUUCUUUUACUAUUAUCUUUCUUUUUUGUUUAUUCUUUAUGAUUUUUGUUAGACCUUAUUGUAAGCAUAAGCAAAAUGUAGUUUUUCAUUUCCUGUAAAUAUUGUAUAGUUUUUAGGGACAUUAGUAACAUUUUUUUUUUGUUUUUGUUAAUUGAAACGCUUAUCCGCAUUGAGGCACUCAUUUGAGUCUAGCUGCAAAUUUAAUGAUAACUUUUAGGUUUUUAGAGAUUUAGUGAGCUGCCAAUUGCUGCAUUGUAUAUAUACACAUAAUACAUACAGACAUCAAAAAUAACAAGUACUCAUGUAACAUAUCAACUGAUUGUAACUUUAUUUUAAGCUUAUACAUAUGUACAUACACUUACUUAGCUGCUUUCUAAAAGCUGAACUGUUUAUUAAUUUUCCGUUUGUUUGCUCUAAAUCUAAUCUAGGACACUCUUAAGGCUUGCUAUGUUUUAGAAAUGAUUUAUUUCUAAUUAAUUUAGCAAUUAUGUUUGUAGUUUACCAAAUAACUAUUUGUAAAUAAGCUAUAUUAAGGCGAUUAUUUUUCUACAGAAUUUACAUAAUUAUUUACAUACAAGUUCAUAAUUGGUGGAAAAAUCAUUUUUCACUUUAGUAUUGAAAAUUGAACAUUUUCCAACACAAUUACAAAGUUUUGUAAACGAGUUUAUUUAUAUUUGUAUGCCUCUUUAAUGCGGAUGUUUGCUUUCAAACUUUAUGUCAUACACCAGCCCCCCAUCCACCCCCUUUAUCCAUGUUUGUUAUUUAUAUUUGCAUAGUUUACUCGAAUUAGUUAUAUUGUGUACCUAACGGUUUAAUUUUGUUAUUGUUAAUAUUACAAGUAUUGCCAAAUUAUUUUUGUUUAUUUUGAUUAUUAUUUGGUAGAUUUUGUUCUAAGCUUAAAUUCAAAUAAUGAAUUUGAAUCAUUUCAAUGCUUGUCAAUGAACCGAUUUAAGUUGCCUUUUUUUGUUUUUGUGAAAAUAAAUUUUCAGUUUUUCUUUAUAAAAAAA